ACGGCUGGCUCCCGGCGUCGCGCUGCGCUGCUCUUCUCACGCGCAUGGUUGCCCCCAUGCGGCCAUGGUCGACGUCGCGAACCCCGCAAUUCUGAUCGAAAUCGCCCGGCCAUUCCGUGUGAAACUUCCCUGCGGAGGAGCAGUUCACACGCAACCUCCUGGCCUCCCGAGUCUCUCUAGCUACCUCGACCGCUGCCUAUAAAGCCCGGCUAUCUGCAGUCCAACACUCCAACCACCAACCAUCUCCACCGUGCUCAGGCGUCGUCUACAACGCCGCCCGCACUACCCCCAGCGCAUAGCACACUACUCGCAGAAACACCGAUGGCCCCUGCCAUUGCCCAGCAGCAGCCGCAGGUGCAGCCGAUCGGUGUCGGUGGUCGAAAGGUGGUGGACGAGGUUUCCGGCUGGCUGCGCGUGCUGGACGACGGCAGCGUGGACCGCACGUGGACCGGCCCGCUCGAGGCCCUCCCGCUGAUGGAGCCGGUGGCGCCGUACGCGCAGCCACGAGACGGGCACACGCUGCACGACCUGCCCGGCGAGCCCAACCUGCGCGUGUACCUCCCCGAAAUGGAGGCGGGGGACGGCGCGCGCCUGCCCGUCGUCCUGCACCUCCACGGCGGCGGCUUCUGCAUCUCGCACCCGUCCUGGCUCAUGUACCACCACUUCUACGCGCGCCUCGCGCGCGCCGUCCCCGCCGCGGUGGUCGCCGUCGAGCUGCCGCUCGCGCCCGAGCGCCGCCUGCCCGCGCACGUCCACGCCGGCGUCGCCGCGCUCCGCAGGCUCCGCUCCAUCGCGCUGUCCGCGUCCGAGUCCGAGUCCGAGGACGGCGCCCUCGACGACGGCCCGGCCGCCGCGCUCCUCCGUCAGGCAGCCGACGUGUCCCGCGUGUUCCUCGUCGGGGACAGCUCGGGCGGCAACCUCGUCCAUCUCGUCGCCGCCCACGUGGCCCGGGAAGCAGCGGACGACGCGGGCAGCUGGGCCCCGCUCCGCGUCGCCGGCGGUGUCCCGAUCCACCCGGGGUUCGUGCGCGCCGCGAGGAGCCGGUCGGAGCUCGAGACGAAGGCGGACUCGGUGUUCUUCACGCUCGACAUGCUGGACAAGUUCCUCGCCCUGGCGCUGCCGGAGGGCGCGACCAAGGACCACCCGUUCACUUGCCCCAUGGGUCCGCAGGCGCCGCCGCUCGAGUCCGUGCCGCUGCCGCCGAUGCUCGUGUCCGUGGCCGAGAACGAUCUCAUCCGCGACACUAACCUCGAGUACUGCGACGCGCUGCGCGCCGCCGGCAAGGAAGUGGAGGUACUCAUCAACCGCGGCAUGAGCCACUCCUUCUACCUGAACAAGUACGCCGUCGACAUGGACCCCGCCACUGGGGAACGAACCCGAGAGCUCAUCGACGCCAUCAAGAGCUUCAUCUCACGUCAUUGAAGAAGUGCAAUGACGUACUGUCCCGCACGUGCGGAUGCUGAUCGUAUGUGCUACAUGCCUACAUGAUGUUCGUUUUCAGCACGGGCUGGUCACGGCGAACAUUUGAAGACCUGGAGCGUAAUCAUAGACAUUUAAAUUCAUACUAUAAUAAUAAUAUGCAUAGUAAAUGUUACCAAUAAACACAUCUAAAAUUAUAUUUACAGAAUAUGUAAUUUUGUACGCCAAACCUUACAGGGAAUCAUGUUUUAGUUUGCUUUUUGAAAUUACGGAUGGUGUGCCCUAGGGCUCGGA